UUUCACCCUCCCACUCUUGCCAAGGGGAGAGUCAUUUCACCCUCUUGACCGGUCCCAACAUGGGCGGGAAGAGCACCUAUAUCCGGGGCCUCGGGUGCCUGUGCGUGAUGGCUCAGAUUGGGUCCUACGUGCCCGUCGAUGCCAUGGAGCUGCCCGUUGUGGACGCCGUGUUGGCGCGGGUUGGGGCAGGAGACGCAGCACAGCGGGGUGUCAGCACCUUCAUGGCCGAAAUGCUGGAGGCCUCCACGAUUCUUCAGGUCACAAGGGAGAGAGGAGGGGGGAGAAGGGAGUAG